GUCGAAUUGAAAUCGUUCAUUUUGAUAUGUCAGGGGAUUAAGCUAACAUUGCAACGGAAGUGCAAAAUACGGUGAGUGGAUACUUUAGUCCUUGGUAACGCGACUCCAUUUUCAUAGCGACGAGACGGUAGCUUGAUAGCAGAGGGAUUUCUUUCUCGACGUCAAACCGGAAGUGGGCAUCAUCACGUGACAGUUACUUAGAAACGUGUGUCUGACAACGUCGCCAUCCUCACAACUAUUGUUGCAUUCAGCGUGCUGUCGAAAAUUUAGACAAUCUAACCGUACAAACGAUAUUUUGGAUUUAGUUCAGGGUCCAAGUCCCGUACAGCAUUCAAAAUGAGUCACAAGGGACGAAGCUGUACCAGAUUGGCAUUUUACGACAGCCCAGCCAUUGUCCGCUCCCGAAGUGCGACACCACUCACACCGGAAAUGUCCAAAAUCCUGCCAUACGUUUCCGACAAAACUAUUUCAAGACAUCUGGGGUAUGCAGGACGAUCAAUGGAUCUAGGUCAUGCCAGGAACUACUUCAACCCUGCCAGGAACACAAUUUACUCCCGAUACACACCCAAUGACUGGGGAGUUUCUAACCAGAUGAACUACAGUUUGUCCGACAAAGAGCGCGCAUUUGGCGAGCGUCUACGUGCCGACGCUUGGAGAGCAAUGAAAGAAACAGACGCCAGAACCAGAAACCGCCAAAAUGACGUCACCAAAAAGCUAGGCGAACGUGUUUAUGACAUCGCAUUUUGGAAGAGUGAGCUAAACAUGGAAAUCAACUCCCUAGCAACCGAGAUUGAAAAUUUGAAGGAAUACCGCCGUACCUGCGAGAAGGCUCUCUCCGACACAGCUAACCCAUUACAUAUUGCCGAGGAAUGUUUGAUGCAUAGAGAAAAGAGACAAGGAAUUGACCUGGUUAAUGAUGAUGUCGAGAAAGCUCUUGUCCGAGAAGUGAAUGUAAUCAAGAAAUGUCAAGCUAAGAUGAAGAGAGUUUUGGACAAAGCUGCCGUCCAACUGAAGAUGAACCGUGCUGCACAGCACACUUUGGAAAUCGACGCCAAGGACAAACAUCAUGCACAAGGACUUGACGAUCGCAUCCAGUCGUACAGAAACGGUUCAGCUGGCACUGGUUACUAUCCUGGCAUUGAAAAUAUUGAUAACACAAUCACUAUCCCAGAAUCAUGGGCAAGGUACACACAGGAAAACAUUGCCAGAUCCCAGAAGGAACGUGCAUCUUCUGAACGUUUAAGAGGAGAGAUCGACAGCUGUCUCCGCCAGUGCGCUAACGACAUGUGGAACAUGUUCAACACAGUGAAUAACGCCUUCAACACGAGAAUACGCGAGACUACAGAUGCUAGAAACAAACUUCAAGCUCAUCUCCAGAGAACAAUGGCUGAAAUCUUCGAUAUGGAGAAGAACAUUGCAUUGCUACGAAAGGCCAUCCAGGACAAGGAGGCACCAAUGAAGGUUUCACAAUCUCGUCUAGAUGAAAGAACCAGACGUAUUAACGUAGAGCUCUGUAACGAUCCAGUCAUGAGAUCUCUGCAGCGUGAGGUGAGCGAGAUCCGAGAAUCUGUGCGUCUACUCAAAGAGCGUCUGAAGGCAUCAGAGUUGAGCUUGGCACGCUUGAUGAAGACAAAGGCAACAUUGGAACACGACAUCUCGGUCAAGGAGAACAGUCUAAGAAUAGAUUCACAGUAUUGCAUGGGCAUGCGCAAAGGAUUCCCAAUGGAUCCAAAAGUCGGACCAAUUUUCCAAAUGCCUACAUGCUAGGGAACUUUAAAUCAAUAGACAUAUUUUGUUUAAAUAAUUCUAAUUGAACACUUUAUUUAAUAAAGAAAUUAUCUCAUGCUUCAUGCAACAUUUUAGUGCGUGUGAUUUCUCAAAAUAUUACUAAAAAGAAUAAGGUGUUAUAAAGCGUAUGAAGUCAUCCUUCCUGGAUUGUGUCACCAUUUAAACCGGCAACAUAGUGCUAUUUCAGGUGUUGCUGAAAUUAAUUCCUAUUUUUGCCCAUAUCUCAAAAUUAUGUUAUAUAUUACAAAGGGUUUUACAUAAUGUUAUAUAUCAUGGUUACAAAAUUGCAAACAUUCAGAAAACAGCCCCAACGUUUUGUUUUUGCAUUUUAUUUUUUCAUGCAGUGCACACAAAUUUCUUUCUAGAUCUGCAAUCGGCCAUGUUUGUUAUCUAUUUUUUGAGUGUGGUCACAUUAAUUAAAUCUUUUUUAACUGCCAUGAAAAAGCUACCAUCGUUAGUUUGUACAUUUAACUAUUAUUUGUUUAUUUUCUUUUACUUUGUGCUUAGUUUUUUAAAACAUAUGUACAAUGCUUACUUAGUAAGCAUGUCUUUUUUCUCUCGGUUUUAACACGCUAGAUUUAAGAGAUAAUCUUGUUUGGUUUCCAAUCAUUUUUUGUAAUUAUAUUUCUCCCCUCUCAAUAUAACAUUUCUUAAAUAAUUUCUUACAGGAAGGUGAGUUUUAGUUAAUCGCUUGACAAAAUGAUUUAAACAGAUAUGGGCAUAUUCUAAUCCCUUUCAUUCUUUUUAUGUGGCUGUAAAGAAAUGUUAUAUUGAGAAGGGUUUGAUGGGUGCGGAUUUCACUCUCUCUUUUCUCAUAGUACAAAACAGUAUUAUAUUGUUAUCCUAUUCCACAAUGUAAAUUAUGUACAGUGUGCUUAUUUUCAUUGUAGUAACUUGUUUUUUUAUAUUUCAUGUAUUUAUUUUAGAUUUUAUUUCAUUCGAGUCAUUUUUAUUACGCUAUUGGUAUCAAUUCAGCUCUCCGACGCCGGAGAAUCUUAUGGUUUGUUGCACUGAAACUGUUCUCCAGCGUUGAAGAGCUCCUAAUAGCUAUCCUUUGAGAUCUUCAAUAUAGAAGAGCUCAUGAUAUCUAUAAAUAGGCUAAAUUGCCUAACACCGUAGUCAGAUUAGAUUCUUAGAAUAGAAGCAAUUAUGCUUACAACCAAAAACAGUAUUUUUUUCAUUCGUCAUUCUGGUGUGAAAAUGUAAUCAAAUUGUAUUUUUUAUAAUUUUUUGUGUAUAUGAGGUAGAGGUCAAAUGAAUUUGUUUCCAAAAAAAAAACGUAACCAAAAUAUGAUGCUGUAGAUGUUUAGUCUUCAAGUAUCUUCAAACUUUCUCCCGAACUUAAUUAGUAUGAUGAAAAAUAAGCAACAAAGAACGAACUUUGAAGACUUUUGUCCACUGAAUGACUUUUUUAUCAGUAUUAUUUAACACGAAGUAUUACUAUUGUGUCCACCACAAUCUAAGUUAUUUAUCUACAAAUGUAGAUUGUUUAUUUAUGUCCUUGCUCAAAACGGCGGGAGAAAUAUCUUGCCUAAAAAUCAAAUUCCCUUGUCUGUGAUAAGUAUAACAGGAUUUCCGGAAGUCAUGAGUGUACGCAUGCGUUUAGAGAUUUCCGGUCUGAAGGUCUACUAGUUAUGUUUGUUAUUUUGUAUGUAUUGCAUAGAACCACAAUUACCAAGGCUUAUGUUGUUUGCACAAUAAAAAUCUUACAUAAA